ACUAAGUAAUGGUUGCCCCCUUUUUGGUAUAGUCGUUGAAGUUUGACAUCUCUUCUCCAUCGAUAUACCUAAUAUCCUCUUAUGUAUCAUUGGCAAGGAAAGUAAAAUGGACCCGAGACGCACCUGUUCACAAUGCGGACGGACGUUUAGCCGUCGAGAGCAUUGUGCCCGACACAUGCUUAUACAUGGAAAUACACGACCAUAUACCUGUGAGUUCUGCGACUAUAGCUUUCAGCGCCAUGAUGCUAUGCUCCGACACAAAGAAAAGUUUUGUACGAAUCGACCAGGCGCGCAAGCUCGCAGUACAGCAGCUCGUCAGCCAAGUGAAAAGCCAAAAUCGCGAGUGCGAGUCGCUUGUCAACAAUGCCAUUCGAAGAAAUUGAAAUGUAAUGGCGCAGACCCUUGCCAGAACUGUGCGCGGAAACAGGUCGAUUGUGUUUACUUUAGGGAGCAAAAUGAUAUGCAUGUGAUGACUUUAUCUUCUCGCCCGGGAAGAGAGGCUGCGAAUCAGUCCGAGUCUUCGUCGUUUCUCCAACAGCCGAAUCUAUUUGAUGGGUUGAAUGAACAAUAUAACCUUCACGAUUCAACGGAACUGGAAACCCCAUUUAUGGAGUUUGAUAGUAACCUGAUGCUAUUCGAUACAGACUCUUUUUUAUGGACAAAUCCCUAUUUCUUUAUUGACCCUAUGGAUUCUGACGUGGUAGGAGCUGGAGGUGAACAUAGAAAUGACGUUAUAACUAACCCCAACAAUAUAAUGGCAUCAUUUGAGAAUUUCAUGAGAUUUAUCGACCCCAGCGAGGUACUCAAGCUUGAUGCACAAGUGAAUCGUUAUCUACAAACCCCUCAUAUUUCCCGCCCUUACGACCUCAACUUACUAAAUAUUUUACUCACCAUUUUUAUGAAACACAUUUCUCCUAUGUUUCGAUCAUUCGAUGGAUUUCACAUUGACUCCAACACUCUACCGGAACAAAUUAUUGGAGCAUCGGCUAUCGGUGCCCUCUUCACGUCAGUACCGGGAAAUAUGAAGGUUGCGAGAAUGCUAUAUGCAGAUUGCAGUCGAAUGGUGAAUAGUUAUGUAAGUCGAUCACUUGGAUGAAGUGCAUUUUGCAUCGAACAGUUUGUUAGUAACAUAUUUUUGUCAUCCAGCUCUGUGGUCA